ACAUUAACAUUUAUCUUUGUGUUAGCUGCUGCCCCUGCAAGGAGUGAGGACGAUAAGAUUGUCGGAGGACAUGAGUGCAAAAGACACAGCGUGCCUUACCAGGUGUCUCUCAACGCUGGCUACCAUUUCUGUGGCGGCUCCCUCAUCUCCAGUGAAUGGGUCGUGUCUGCUGCUCACUGCUACCAGUCUCGUAUCCAGGUGCGUCUGGGUGAGCACAACAUAAAGAAAACGGAGGGCACUGAGCAGUUCAUCAACACCGCAAAGGUAAUCCUACACCCUAACUACAACAGCCAGAACCAGGACAACGACAUCAUGCUGAUCAAGCUCAGCAAGGCUGCUGUCCUCAAUCAGUACGUCGGCACAGUGGCUCUACCCUCCGGCUGUGCCAGUGCUGGAGCCCGCUGCCUGGUCUCUGGAUGGGGCAACACCAGUGGAAGUGGCAAUUACUAUCCAAUUAAUCUCAGAUGCCUAGAAAUCCCCGUCCUAAGUGACAGCACCUGCAGAAACACAUACCCUGGUGGUCAGAUCACCGACAACAUGUUCUGCGCUGGCUACCUGGAGGGAGGCAAGGACUCCUGCCAGGGUGACUCUGGAGGUCCUGUGGUGUGUGACAGUGAGCUGCAGGGCGUGGUGUCCUGGGGAUACGGCUGUGCCAUGAAGAACAAGCCCGGUGUUUACACCAAGGUGUGCAACUACAACUCCUGGAUCAGCAGCACCAUGUCCUCCAACUAAACUUUGUGUAGGAUAUGAUAAUAUGCAGUAAAGCUCAUACCA